GUUGGUAAACAAUUUACUGCGUUAUGUGAUCAGAAUCGUAGCGCUCGUGCUCCUUUAAAAUCGACUGAAAGCGAAGUCCUUAAUGCGCAUGUUUCUCUACAAUUUGCGGUUUUACGUUUCCUGACAUUACGUCUGUUACCGUAGGCCUAUUUUACUUGUUUGAGUUGUGAAAAAUGAAAUAUCUCAGUACUCGAGGUGAAGUGACUGGUCUCACGUUUGAGGAGGCGCUGUGUUCAGGCUUUGUACAAGAUGGCGGCAUGCUGCUGCCUGAAGAAGUACCAGUCAUUUCAGAAGACAAGCUGAAGUCAUGGAGUGGUCUUUCUUACAGAGAUCUGGCAAAGAAGAUCACUCCAAAGUUUGUAGCUGAAGAUGAAAUUCCAAGAGAAGAUCUUUUUGGUCUGAUUGAUGCUGCAGUGAUGAAGAUCAACCACCCGGAGACUGCUCCUGUGGCCCGACUACCCAGUGGACUGAACAUUCUUGAACUGUUCCAUGGCAUCACGUGGGCCUUCAAGGAUCUCCCUCUGUCCUUCGUGGGCCUGUUCCUCUCCUACUUCCUGGCCAAGAGAAAGAAACAUCUGACUCUUCUAACAGCUACGUCUGGUGACACGGGCAGUGCUGCGAUCGAGUCUGUACGUGGUCAAGAGUGGAUUGACAUCAUCUGCAUGUUUCCGCUCGGUCGGUGUUCCAGGAUACAGGAGUUACAGAUGACCACUGUUAUUGAUGACAAUGUGCAUGUCUACAGAGGUGAAGGUACAUCCGAUGAUUUCGACAUGCUGAUGAAAGCUUGUUUUAAGGAUGUGGAGUUUGCACGCAAACACAACCUUGGUACCAUCAAUUCAUUCAACUGGGCACGAAUCAUGAUGCAGAUUGUUCACUACUUUCAUGCAUAUUUACAGGUUUGUCAUGUUUGUGGAGAGGAAGUUGAAAUUGUUAUUCCAACAGGAGGAUGUGGAAAUUUAGUAGCCGGAUGCAUAGCCAGAAAAAUGGGAUUACCAAUCAAAAUAGUUUGUGCGGUUAACAAAAAUGACAUUGUUGCAAGAAUUAUCGACAAGGGAGACUUCUCUCCAGAACGAGCACAGAUGUCUCUGGCCCCUGCCAUGGAUAUACAGAUGAUUCUCAACAUGGAGAGGGUGUGGUAUCUGUUUUCUGAUGGAGACUAUCAGCUUGUCAAUCAGCUCAUGACCCAAUUUGAAAAAACAGGCAAAACACAAGUCCCAGAAUCACUGAAACAAAAGAUUCAAUUAGCUGUGAGCACGUUUGUUGUCAGUGACGACAUGAUAAAGAAGACGAUGAGAAAAUGCUGGGAUGAAAACAACUAUCUGGUUUGUCCACAUACUGCCACAGCUGUAGCAUACCACUAUCACAAACUAGAGCAGCCCAGCUUACAGGACAAAUUGCCACAGAUCUGCAUAGCCACAGCCUCUCCAGCUAAGUUCCAAGAAGCAGUCAUUGCCGCAGGUCUGGAGUUGCCACCAAAUGAUGCAGUGUUGAAAAUAGAGUCAUUGCCAACCAAGUGUGAAGACUUCCAGAAGGGUUGUGACUGGAACACAGUGCUCAGGCAGAAAGUGGAGGAAAUAUCAAACAGAUUCCUUGCUAGAAAUGUCUCUUGAAAGACCUAACAUGUCUGAUAGCUAGCAGGAGAUGGAUGCUUGUAAGACACAGAAUUUGUACAGAAUUAUUAUUUAACAAAUUUAAUAUUUAUGUAAUUAGUAGUAAACAGUCUAUUGUAAAUAUUGUAUAUAACAUGCCAUAAAGAUUUCACUCCUCUCGUUCUGUGGUUCAAUGUAAAUAAGGCAUCAGAAGGGUUUUGCAACCAUUGCAAAAUAUUCACAUGAUAUUUUGUUAUUUAUAUAUUAAAUCAGGUGUUGGUAUCUUGAUAUGACGUGUAUGUUUUUUUUACAUAUAUACAGAGCCACCUGUAUGUAAUUAGUACCCUGUUAUUUGAGCAUGUUAAUAUUUUAUAUCAUUCCAUACAUAUCCAAUUACAUGUAUUAUCUGUAUAUUUAUUAUAUAUUAAUAUCUAUACCAUGUGAAAUUCUCUAUAAAUCGUACAUAAAAUCGGAAUAAAAAAGGAUAUAUUUGCUUAUCAUACAUGUAGGUGUAUAUGAAUAUAUUCCAUUCUGUAUUUUAAGUGCAUUGUGAAUGACAGAUAAGUGUCAAUAAAUAUUUAUAGUUUA